AUGGUCUUACUGCCCCCUCCUCCUUCCCCCGGAGAGCUUGUAGCCCCCAACGUCGCAUCCGAAUCCCUCACCGACCCAUCCGAACAGACCGGGACCGGGAGGUUUUUGUUUGGCUUGCUGGUGGUGUUCUACACUACGGGUACAAGAUACACAGGUGCGUCCGCAGGUCGCCCGCGCGUGUCUGAGAAAUGGCGUGGUCGGUCCGACGGUUCAACGUUGGGAAACGUCUGGGGGGUGGAGGAGGAGGAGGAGGAGGAGGAGGAGGAGGAGGCUUGUCUUGCCAACUGUGGCCCUGUGUGUCUUGAGUCUGUUGGACAAGAGCAGUUUGCGGCGUCUCUGGGGCGAGUUUGA